CCUCCAUCUGCCUGCAGAGCAUUGUUCGACUACGAUGGAAGUGCAUCGGAUCUGACCACACCCAAUCAGGCCCUGCCAUUUCAUUUUGGAGAUAUCCUCCACGUGAGCAGCGCUGGCGAAGAGGAGUGGUGGCCUGCCCGUCACCUCAGCCCGCCGCCUCAAAACUGCCCUGAAGUUGGUGUCAUCCCCAGCCGCAGGAGGGCAGAGAAGAAGGAGAGGUUGAGGUUAAAGACGGUCAGAGUGACGAGGUCUCAGGACAGAUCGGAUCAAGAUGAUAAAGAGCUGGUAACCUCUGGCACCAGCGAUAGUGAGAGUUGUUCCUCUGGCCAGGAAGAGACACUCCUCACCUACCAACCUGUCAUGCAGCAGGAAGUUAAUUAUACACGGCCAGUCAUCGUGCUUGGACCAAUGAAAGAUCGGGUCAACGAUGACCUCAUCUCUGAGUUCUCUGACAAGUUUGGAUCCUGCGUCCCACACACAACACGGCCACGACGAGACUACGAGGUGGACGGCAGAGAUUACCACUUUAUGUCCUCCAGAGAGCUCAUGGAGCGAGAGAUUCAGGAACACAAGUUCAUUGAGGCUGGACAAUAUAACAACCAUUUGUAUGGAACCAGCAUACAGUCUGUGAGAGAAGUUGCUGACAAGGGUAAACACUGUAUACUGGAUGUGUCGGGGAAUGCAAUAAAGCGUCUCCAGCUGGCCGGACUCCAUCCCAUUGCAAUCUUCAUUAGACCACGCAACAUCGACAACAUCCUAGAGAUCAACAAGCGUUUCACCGAGGAACAGGCGAGGAAGACCUUCGACAGAGCUGUCAAACUGGAGCAGGAGUUCACAGAGUAUUUCACCGCUAUAGUCCAUGGCUCGUCUCUAGAGGAGGUGUAUUCACAGGUGAAACAGGUCAUUGAGGAGCAGUCUGGUCCUUACAUCUGGGUGCCCACCAAGGAGCGACUCUGAAGAAUACAGACAUAUACGACAUGAUCACACACAUCA